AGUUCAGAGAUACUAUAGCUAAAGAAGUGUGUACAUAAGAGAAGUGUGUAUGAUACAUGUGAUCUGUAUAUCAGUGUCUAGAUAGCCAAUGUGUGUAUGUAUAUUGCUCACUGUCCUCACUCCUGCAGAUAAUGUUGAAAGCCGUUCGCUCCUUUCUUGGUCAACUACCAGUUGAACCAUCACCUCGUUGGGGGCAAUUUUCUGCAGUAGACAGACAUCAUUACGUGUGGAGGGGGGAUGGUCCAAGACGGAGGUGUAACAUCAUUGCUGUGUAUAAUCCAAGCACUGAGCUGUGGAGCCUCUUGCCCACCACCGGACCUCUACCCCCUGGAGAGUAUGGUGGUUGCUCUGUUUGUGCAGGUCGUUGCCUGUACACCUUUGGUGGUGAUUGGGAUGGGUCUUCUUACUUCAAUGACAUGAGCAAGCUUGAUCUGGACACUCUCCAGUGGACCAAAGUUCAAACCUUUGGUAGUCAACCUAUGAAAAAGCGAGGUUGUGGACUUCUCCGUGUGAAUGAGAGAACUCUGUGCUGCUUUGGAGGAGAAGGUAUUGAGGGCUCUACACAACCAGGAUCAACAUUCACCAGUGCACUGUCUGAUGGAAGAGGACGGACAAACGAGUUCCAUUUCUUUGACACGCAAAAUGGUGUUUGGUCGUCCCCUGAGCUCAGAGGAGAGAGACCUCCUCCCUGUAGUAGCUUCACCUUCACCAUGGUGGACCAGCACAGGGCAGUCCUCUUUGGAGGGUACCAACCUGGCCGUGAUGAUAGAGUCAAUGAAGUCUACUUGUUCGAUUUUCGGACCAUGGAGGUCACUAAGGUGAAACCAGUACAGGGAGAGCCAUGGCCGGUGGUGAGGGCAGGCCAUGCUGCCUGUUGUCUCAACUAUGGCCAGGACCACCCUCAACUACUGGUGUACGGAGGACUGGAUAAUAGCAACAAGACACUGGGGGACAUGUGGUUACUGGAUGUAGACACUGUCAAGUGGACAGAGGUGACACCUCCUGAGUCAAUGACACCACGUUUCCUCCACUCCAUCACUGCCACCAGUCUGGGACCAGGACUCACUGAGGUCCUCGUGUUUGGAGGCCUGCGGAAGGUGGGGGGAGAUGCCAUUGCUGAGACCACCAUACUGAGAUUUGAGAGAGAGAUACCGACACAGAGGGCACUCCUAUUUCUCAAGUCAUGA